GAUGGAUGCCGUCGUGUCUGCGAAAGGAUAAGUGGUAAUGACUAGGAAGGCCGAUUGGGCUCCUCUCUCGAGCUCUAUUAGCGAUUGUCUGACAUCCCGUCCAUAACACUUGCUGAUCCCGACGUCAGCGCCAGGCCUAUCUCGCCAUAAUCACCACCACGUCCCUCUCCACAAGCAACGCCUCAAAACGCAUACUCAAAGAAGUCACAGUACAAUCGGUCCAAAAUGGCAUCUGCAACACUAAGCACGCGAGACAUGAAUGUCUUGGAGAAGAUCAAAGAUCCGGAGUUUGAUCCCGCGGCCAUCGUGAGGAUAGAAGACUCUCUACCAGCCGACCCACACAUCAAGGAUGAGGCGGUGUACAAAGCCCUGUCGGCGAGGGAACGAGAGAUCAUCCUCCGCAUGCACGAGGCAGAGACGCAGCUCGAAAAGAACAGCUCCGAGCCAGCGGCUACCGAGACAUACAAGCAGUCCACAGCCCUUCUGGGGCAGCUCAUCGAGGAACAUCCGGACUACGCCAGCGCCAGAAACAACAGGGCGCAGGCCCUGAGGCGCUUGUACGGCGACUCGAUGCUGGUCUCACAGCCGCCCGAGACGUCGCCUCGGCCCCUCGUUGGAGAUGUCACUGACGACGAGCGGACUCGCCAGUCCAAGAUAGCCCUGGAGGACCUUGACAAAGCCAUCCUGCUGCUCUCCCCAAGGAGCCCCUGGACCCCGAUCUCGGCCAAGGCCGCAAAAACUCUGUCGCUUGCCCACACACAGCGCGCAGCCAUAUACCACGCCACAUCCAAGCUCCUGGCCCAAGACCACACACAGAUAGACCACGGACGGAAGGAGUCGGGCUGGAAAACGCUCGAGUUCGAGGCCGCGGCCUCACACGACUUUGCCGUCGGGGGCCGGUAUGGGAACGAGAUCGCCAAGGGGCUUGCGGUGAGCACCAACCCCACCGCCAAGCUGUGCGGGCAGAUGGUGCAGGAGAUGAUGAGGAAGGAGUAUGGCGAGAAAUAUGCACAGUGAUGCGCGCGGCGACGGAUUUGUGCAGGCAUUGCGGCCUGGCCGUUUAAAGGUGCCAAGUUGGCUGGUUGCGUUUUUCACACGCGAGCAAGUUGGAUACCUAGAGGGGCCACGGGCGCACGAGCUUUAUCGCGGGACGGCAUGAUCGUAGGGUCGCGAGAUUCGGAUGGCACGCUGGCUCCUCUCACUUUGCGCCUCCGAAUAGAUUCCCAACGCGUCUAAUUAGGAGGAUCGUGGCGUUAGGACAAAUGCGACUAUGAUUUGUUACGGUGCUCCAUCGACCAAAUGCAUACCUUCGCAAAGCCUCCAUCGUGUCUGUCG